CCUACCAUACAUUUCUUAUCUCUCUGUCUCUCUUCCUCUGCCCGAGAGGGCGUGGACGCAAUCCCGAUUCUUGAACAACAUGCAGUGAGAAUUCGCCGACGAACAUGCUGGCGUCGACGACGUCCAUCUGGGCACGCCAUCUCUCACCCAAGGCCGCUCCUUCCACCUUCCUCCUCGGAGAUGGCUACCCUCAUCCUCCUCGCCGUCGCAGCCGGAGCUUCAAGAUCGCCGCAAGUUCGUCGAACGAGCUAGAGGUUCCGGCCGUCGCGGAGCAAGGAGGAGAGGAAAAGCAAGAAGCCGCACGACCGGACGUACCCGACAGGCCCUCCGCUUCGACGUCGGCUUCGAAUGCGGCGCUCGAGAGGGACCUCAAGAAGGUGGUUCAAAAGACUGCUUCAACCUUUGCUCCAAGGGCUUCGACAGCCACGAGAAACCCUGCUGUUCCAGGAACUGCCUUAUAUACAGUUUUUGAGGUUCAAGGCUAUGCAUCGUUGCUUCUCGGUGGAGCUCUGUCUUUCAAUCUUUUAUUUCCAUCAAACGAGCCCGAUAUAUGGAGGUUGAUGGGAAUGUGGUCUAUUUGGAUGUUCACAAUUCCUUCUCUUCGGGCCCGAGACUGCUCAAAGAAUGAGAAAGAAGCCCUUAAUUAUCUGUUCCUUCUCAUCCCAUUAAUCAAUGUAAUAAUCCCGUUCUUUUGGAAGUCUUUUGCGGUUGUCUGGUCUGCAGAUACCGUGGCCUUCUUUGCAAUGUAUGCGUGGAAGAUGGGGUGGCUCCAAAAAACAGAGUAAAGGCCUAAAAAGGACAUCUCUUAAACUGUAUCUAUGAGCUCGGAGUCGGGCGUCUGACUGUGCAAGUUUUUCUGCCUUUACCUCAUGAUGCAUAGGCGACCUUUCCUGAGCAACAUACCAUCAAACGCAGGUUUCUCGGUAUGUGAGCAGUGUUUGAGCAAUUGCCUCAAUGAGAAAAAAGGGAGCAUCUUUUCUUGUAUAAUCAUGAGAAUCGAUCCCUCAAUGAAGUCAAAAUCUGGUUGCCGCUCAUUUUCUUGCCUUUGCGAAUUCUAUCUGGUCUCUUUACUUUUGUUUUCUAGGGUGUGGGUAAGGGAGUCCAGAGUAGCGUACAAUAAUUUGCAUAUAUACAAUUUGGGAAAGAGGAACAGAACUGUUAUAGAUUAAUUUAAGGAUAUAAAGAUGUUGUUGUGUUUCUUCAAUCAA